CGCAAUUUGUUUCGGCUUGUUUACCGCAUGUGGGGAUGUGAGAUUUUUUCCGUUACUCACGAUUGUAAUUGAAAAGCUUUAUAAGUAAAGAUAUAAAGAAAUAAACGUACAGCAACGUACAGUAAAUAAAAAUAAAAAAUGCCGCGGAUUAUGAUAAAAGGUGGAGUCUGGCGGAACACGGAGGAUGAAAUUCUCAAAGCAGCCGUAAUGAAAUAUGGCAAAAACCAAUGGAGCCGGAUUGCAUCCCUAUUGCAUAGAAAAUCGGCGAAGCAGUGCAAGGCGCGCUGGUUCGAAUGGCUCGAUCCAAGCAUAAAGAAAACUGAAUGGAGUAGAGAAGAAGAUGAAAAGUUACUUCAUCUUGCGAAGUUAAUGCCUACCCAGUGGCGAACUAUUGCCCCUAUCAUAGGCAGAACAGCUGCGCAAUGCUUGGAACGAUAUGAAUAUUUACUUGACCAAGCUCAGAAGAAAGAAGAGGGAGAUGAUGCUGUUGAUGAUCCUCGUAAACUUAAACCAGGUGAAAUUGAUCCAAAUCCAGAGACUAAACCAGCAAGACCAGAUCCGAAAGAUAUGGAUGAAGAUGAAUUAGAAAUGUUAUCUGAGGCACGUGCUAGAUUAGCAAAUACCCAAGGCAAGAAAGCAAAACGUAAAGCGCGUGAAAAACAAUUAGAAGAGGCACGUAGACUUGCUGCUCUACAGAAACGCAGAGAAUUAAGAGCUGCUGGCAUAACGGUUUCUCAAAAAAACAAGCGCAAACGUGGCGUUAAUUACAAUACAGAAAUACCGUUUGAGAAACGACCUGCACCUGGUUUCUAUGACACGUCAAACGAACACGUCGAUCCUCUGGCGAUUGAUUUUUCAAGAAUGAGACAACAGCAUUUAGAUGGCGAGCUUCGACAGGAAAAAGAAGAAAUGGAGCGUAGGAAAGACAAACAGAAGUUGAAACAACGUAAAGAGAAUGAUAUACCUAUGGGUAUGCUCAAUAAUGAAGAGCCUGUAAAGAAAAGGAGUAAGUUGGUCUUACCAGAACCACAAAUCUCCGAUCAAGAAUUACAGCAAGUUGUUAAACUUGGCAGAGCCUCGGAAGUUGCACGAGAAGUUGCUACUGAAAGCGGUAUUACACUCUCUGAGAGUUUAUUAGCCGAUUAUUCUUUACCUACAAACGCGGCAGUAACACCUCGCACACCAGCCGCUACAGACAGAAUCUUGCAAGAAGCUCAAAAUGUUAUGGCUCUUACACAUGUAGACACACCACUGAAGGGUGGCUUGAAUACCCCAUUGAAUAAUCCUGACUUUACCGGCGUUGUACCUCCUAGCAAUGUCGUCGCAACACCGAAUACAAUUUUAACCACUCCGUUUCGAUCACAGCACAACGAUGGAACACCCCUGAAUUCUUUCAAUACGCCAGGCGGGGCGUCAGUGCGAACGCAAAAUGGAGUUUUAGCAACAACACCUGUUCGCGAUAAGCUCAAUAUAAAUCCGGACGAAAAUGUGGAUGGGUCAGAAACUCCACUCAUACAGACCCAAGCAAAGAGUUCAUUACGUUCGGUAUUAGGCUCUUUACCUGCACCGUGUAAUGAUUAUGAGAUAGAUAUAAAUGAUGGAGAUAUAAAUGAGGAAAAUACCAGUGCACCUGCAGUUGAGAUAAUCGAGGACCAAGCGGAUAUUGAUGCAAGGCGACAACAGGAAUUAUUAGAAGAAAGAAAAAGAGAAUUGUCACGGAGGUCACAAGUGAUACAAAGAGAUUUACCACGACCUGCAGAUAUAAAUAUGAAUAUUUUGAGACCAUAUAUAGAUACACCGCUAACUGAUUUACAGAGGGCAGAAGAAUUGAUAAAGAGAGAAAUGAUAACAAUGUUACACUAUGAUGCACUACAUAAUCCGACACAGCCAGGCCGAAAGGGUGCUGCAACAACAUUGGCUCAGGCUCAGACUUAUUUAGAACAACAUUCGUAUGAUGCUUUCGAGGAAAACGAUCUUGUUGCUGCCAAGCAAAUGUUAACUGAUGAAAUGGGAGUUGUAAAGGAAGGAAUGGCACAUGGAGAAUUAAGCUUAGACGCCUAUACCACUGUAUGGGAAGAAUGUCUGUCGCAGAUUCUAUAUCUCGAAACACAGAAACGAUAUACUCGUGCAACAUUAGCUUCGAAGAAAGAUAGAGUGGAGGCAUGCGAAAGAAAAUUAGAAGAAAAUCGUAUGCAUAUGACAGGAGAAGCUAAACGUGCUGCGAGGAUGGAAAAGAAGUUAAAAGUACUUACUGGUGGUUAUCAGACCAGGACACAGGUGCUGACAAAGCAGCUGCAUGAUUUAUGGGAGCAGAUAGAGCAAGCGCAUCUUGAGCUAUCGACAUUUAAAUUUUUGCAAACCCAAGAAAAUGCAGCAAUUCCAAGAAGAAUAAAUGCGCUGAUGGAAGACGUAACUAGACAGACGGAGCGAGAGCGCUCGUUACAAAUGCGAUAUGCUCAGCUACAAGACCAAUUGCAGCAGUGCCAAUUAAGUGAUAUAUCUUAGAAGUACAGUGCAGUGCUUUUUGAAUACAAGUAAAUUAUCCCAAUACAUACGGACUUUAUAACGUUACAUAAAUUAUAAAAUUUUUAAUGCUUUUAAAAGUAUUACAUACUAUUAGUAUGAUGUAUUAUUUUAAGAUUGGGGAAAUCAAAGAGAAACUCAAUAUGUAAUGUCCACCCUUUCUAUAAUAGCUGUUAUUAAUGUCAUUUAAGAUUUAUUUAGUUUCAAUUGCUAUGAUAAUUAUUAUAGAGUCAAAUUAGUAUCGUUAAGCUUUUUUUAUAGACGAUUAACUAUUAUGUUAAAUGAAAGUUUUUAUUGUUUGAAUUUCUCGCACUUUGUGAGAUUAGGCAAAGAAUUACAACAGUAAAUAUUUUUUUGUAGAAUUGUAAAAUAUUACAAUAAUAAAAAAAAUUGGUGAUAUGUACAACGACGAUUAUUAGAUAUCACAUGAACAUAUUAAAAGUAUGUGUAUAUAUACAGCAAUUAAUACACAAAAAAAAAUUUAUGUCUUGAGAAUAAAAACAUAAAAAUAUAGAUAAAAUAAUAGAAUUUGAAUUCGUUUUGGGACGCGACUCUCGUUUAAUAAAAAUCGAAACCAAGAUGUAAUUGCCCGGCUGGUAUAAGCCAAGAAGUCAAAGGGGCGUGAUCGAUCGGGGUGUCGCGCGCAGCUCGUAAACGAGAGUUCGCUCGCGAGAGGGGUGUGUCAUUACAUAACGCCGACAAAAUGGCCUGAUCGAUAUAAUGCACUGCACUAAUUGUAAGAGAUCCGCAUCAUAUCUAAUCGUAUUAUAUUUUGUAAUAUAUCU